AUGUCUUUCCUCCAAACACUCCUCCAAUCUUUGCGGGACAACAUUGCUGUUCUCGAACAUGAAGUCGACCUACACAAUCUAGGAACACCCCAAGUUUGGGACCCAGAAGCUUCUACAAAGUUCGACGAUCCCGAGCAUUUAAUCUCUUGGCAAGCGUUUGAGGCUAUCGAGAAGAUUCGCGUGGACGUCCGCGCUCUUGAUGCAGCAGUUACACCCAAUCACAUCAAGCUGCUUGAGAUGGGCCUGCAACCAGCGCGGACGAGUGCACUCAACGUCGCAGUGUCCCUUGGUAUCACAGAUGCAAUAACAGAUCUUGGAGGCGAUGCGAAGCUGGCAGAUUUAGCCAGUCAACUGAACGUCAAUGAGCAGAAAUUAGGGAGAGUCAUGAGAACACUGGCAGCUGAGUACAUCUACCAAGAAAAGCAGCCAAACGUGUUCAGCAAUGCUCGACAUAGUAAGAACCUCGAAAAGGAGGGCAGUGCUGCUCAAUUCUUGUCCCUCUUAUCGAACGAGGGCCUUAGGAGCUCCGCAGGUCUACUAUCUCAUAUGACAGACAUCAAGACCAAAGACUCUUAUCUGGCCACAGAUGCUCCUUUCUGUUCUGCAGUGGCACAGAAGGGAGAAACAUUCUUUGAAUAUAUUAGUCAUCCCGAGAACUCCGGCGUUGCGCUCAAGGUCAUCAAGGGUGUUCUGCCAUGGCUCAAUCGAACGACUAGACCAGCGCUUCUUAAUGACUAUCCUUGGCAUGAGAGCCCCAGAGCCCGAGUUGUUGAUGUUGGGUGCGGUCCAGGUGACAGCGGUUUUGACAUCAUGAGGCAUAACCCGGAGCUUCAUUGGACCUUUCAGGAUCUUCAACCCGCCAUCGAGAGCUUGAGAUCCAAUCUGCCUAAGGAUAUUGCACAAAGAGCUGCCGAUGGGAAAGUCAAAUGUGUUGUACAGGACUACUUCAAAGACAACGUAGCAGAAGGUGACAUAUGGUACCUCAGAGGAGUUUUACGCGAAUACGAUGAUGAAGACGCUAUCAAGAUACUUACCAAAGUUGCGAACUCGAUGAGAAAGACUCCGGGCUCACGUAUGGUGAUCAACGAGAUUUGGAACUCCAGCCCGUUCAUUGUCAGCAAUCAGAACGCGGCCCCAUCUACUCUGACACCUAUCCACCAGUCAAGACUUCCGGACCUUGCUAACUUGAUGACAUGGGAUACUUUUUUCUUCUUUGGCGGGAAGGAAAGAUCAGUGCCAGAGCUCGAGUUCAUUCUUGAAAAGGCCGGUUUAAGAAUUAGUCGCUUCUUCCAGUUCCGCACAAUCACUACGAUGGUGGAGUGUUCGUUAGCUUGA